AUGGCGAUUCCGCCUGGGCCGCGCUAUCUCUUCAGUCUUUUGCCUUUCUUACUGGGCCCUCCGACGGUGGUGUACGCUGGUCUGAGGCUUGCGGAUGCUCGUCUUGGUCUUGUGGUGCCGACUUGGACCACAGUCGCUGCUGUUGUCCUCGCGCGGCCUGUUCUUUCGAUUUUCCAACGAUACUACACUAGGUACAAGGACAGAGGAGCUGCUGCUGCAAACGAUGCUUUCAUCGUCCCUCACGUCGAGGAGAAGCGCCCCAACUUCGGUGGCCUUUCAAUUAUGUCCGCUCUCGUCAAGGAUCUCAAGACCGGGUAUCCAGGUGACAUGAUGCUCACAUGGAUGGAGAAAUAUGGCCCCGUCUUCCAACUCAGACUCAUCUCUGACAACAGGAUUGUCACCUUCGAACCUGAUCAUAUCAAGGCCAUUCUCGCUACUCAAUUUGAUGCAUUUGACAAAGGUCCUAUCUUGUACAUGCAAUUCCAUUCGUUGCUCGGCACGGGCGUGUUCAAUUCCGACGGCGACAUGUGGAAGUUUCACCGAUCCAUGACCCGGCCAUUUUUUAGCAAAGAGCGAAUAACACAUUUCGACAUAUUCGAGGCUCACGCUGACAACGCUCUUAAGCAAGCAACGGAUAGGUUAGCCGAAGGCUUUGCAAUUGACUUCCAGGACCUCGUCUCCCGGUUCACACUUGACUCGGCGACGGAAUUUCUCUUCGGGCACGACGUGCAGUCGUUGUCUGCCGGUAUUCCAUAUCCGCGGGCCUAUGCUCACUUGGACACGGAGACCUUCAAGAAACACCCGUCGAAUGAAUUCGUGGACGCCUUCCUCCGAAGCCAGAAUCAGACCGCGGUGCGCACUCGUGUCGGCCCUACCUGGCCCCUUGCCGAAUUCUGGGGCGACAAGAUCAAGGCGGACCGAGAAGUCCUGGACCGGUUCAGCAACCCGAUAUUAGUUGAGGCGCUCAGGAAGAAGGAUCUCGAGAAGGACGCGGGCGCCGACGGCGAUUAUGGCGAUUCGUUGCUGUCGCAUCUUGUACAUCAUACCCAAGAUAUCAAUGUCCUGAAAGAUGAGCUUGUCAACCUCCUUGUGGCAGGACGAGAUACGACCGGGUGCACCCUCACCUAUGCAUUCUACAUGCUAUCUGAACACCCCGAAGUUGUAGAGCGAUUACGCCAGGAGAUUUUGGAGAAGGUCGGACCGACUAACCGACCGACGUACGACAAUCUUCGAGAGAUGAAAUACUUGAGGGCGUUUAUCAACGAGGUUCUGCGGUUAUAUCCUCCAGUGCCAUUCGACAGUCGCAUGUCAUCGAAGGCCACCGUCUGGACCUCGAAAGUUCCGGGAUCGAAGCCGUACUACAUUCCCGCUAACACCAGGGUUCUUUAUGGGGUCUUCAACAUGCAUCGACGAACAGAUCUCUGGGGACCGGAUGCUCUGGAAUUUGAUCCCAACCGAUUCUUGGAUGAGCGUUUGCACAAAUACUUGACACCAAACCCGUACAUCUUCUGCCCCUUCAAUGCAGGACCACGCAUCUGUCUUGGUCAACAGUUCGCCUAUCACGAAUCGUCGUUCUUCAUCAUCCGCCUCCUCCAGCAAUUCACCAAUUUCCGCCUUGCACCUGAUGCUCAGCCGCCUGAGAGCAAGCCGCCUUCUAGUUGGGCUGAAACCAAUAGGCCCAAGGCAAGGGAAAAGAUCAUGCCUGGGACACAUUUGACGAUGUACGUCAAGGGCGGUUUGUGGGUGAGAAUGGACCCACUGAAGCCUGAAGUUGAGGUCGUCUAA